GCCGGCCGCUCGUCCCAUUCCGCCGUCGCCGCCGCCGCCGCCGUCACCGUUGCCGCAAACAAACGUACACGCGCAACACGACGCAAGAUGAUGGCUCCUCACCGUACCGCCGCGACCGUUCUGCUGGCCGUCGCUCAACUGGCGUCCGCCUACGUGGUCCCCGAGGUGGUCCUGAUGAGGGUGAAGCGCAGCGCCGACCCGAUGCGAACGUUUUCGUUCAGCGGUUUCAACCCCAACGGGCAGAUGGCCGCGUUCACCGGCAUGUCCGAGUACUCGAUGUUCCCCGGGUACGGGCCGCCGUCCCAGGCGGUGCCGUACGGCUACGGGCAGAACGCGUACGGGCCGCCGGACCAGGACUCGUACGGGCCGCCGCCCGCCGGUGACGCCGCCGAGCGACCGGCCGCGGCCGCAGCCGACCUGAACAAGAAGCAGACGUACGACGUGCCGGGAAACCAGCAGCAGCCGCAAGAAUACGGGCAGCGGCCCCAGGGACCGCAGAACGGCAGCAGCGCGGAACAGGCGGACAACGGGAAACCGUACAGAGGUCGCGACGGUCCGAGCAGCAACGCGGAGGCUUCGUUCAACGCGUGGUUCCCCAUAAUGUUCGGAGUGUUCCCCAACGGGGCCAACGGCAACCCCGGCAACUCGGCCGGCCGCGGCGAAGUCAACCAGGGGAGCUCCAACGGCAGCGGCUGGGAGCGGUCGUCGGGCACGACGGUGAUCGCGAACAGCGUGAGCAACGGCAGGAACGGCGUGGCCACCAGUCACGCGAUCUCGUACGGCAACCCUAGGUCGGCGUCGCAAAAAUGAACGCCGUCACGGGGAACGUCCGCGACCAAUCGGUCUUAGUAAGAAACCGGUGCAGGAUCAUUCGUACGGAUCCGUUUCCCACGUCCGAUUUUUGGAUCGCGCCGAACAAGCGUACCGCGUGCGUAAAUAUAUUGUACUCUUUCUAUAGUUUCAAAUUACAACCAUAUUUAUUUUAUAA